AGCGUUAUUCUCAAUCCAUGGUGAAAUUUCUGCAACAUCAAAUGGCCCAAAGAUGAUCCAUACAUAGCAGAGGAACACAGAGCAGCAGAAAUGUCUCCCAAAGUGCCAGGUGGCCAAGGCAAAGGGGAUUAUUCUGCAGUGCAGGUAGCAGUUCGUGUGCGUCCCCUGCUGCCCAAAGAGCUCCUGCACUGCCACGAGAGCUGCAUCACUGUGGACUCUGAACUUUGUCGGGUUACUCUAGGCCAUGACCGACACUUCCUUUGUGACUUUCUGUUCGAGGAAACUUGCUGUCAGGAGGAGGUUUAUUCUGUGUCUGUCCAGCCGCUCAUAGAUGCCUUCUUCCAAGGUUUCAAUGCUACAGUCUUUGCCUAUGGUCAGACGGGCUCAGGCAAGACUUACACCAUUGGAGAGGCUAAUAUUUCUUCCUUUAGAGAUGAGGAGCAGGGUAUCAUUCCCAGGGCUGUUGCAGAUGUCUUCAAGCUGCUAGAUGAAAAUGACCUCACAGACUUCUCGGUCCGAGUCUCCUAUUUGGAGGUCUACAAAGAGGAUUUCAAGGACUUACUGGAGGUGGAGACUGCAAGCAAGGACAUCAACAUCCGGGAGGAUAAGGGCAACAUUGUUUUGUGUGGUGUGAAGGAGUGUGAAGUGGAGGGUCUUGAUGAGGUGCUGAGUUUACUAGAAUCAGGAAACACAGCAAGGCACACCGGUGCAACUCAGAUGAAUCCAAACUCGAGCCGGUCUCACACCAUUUUUACCUUGUACAUGGAUCAGCGUCGGGGAAGUUCACGCCUUUAUGGGACUGCUACAAGUGCUGGACCUCAAAUGUUGUCGUCCAAGUUCCACUUUGUGGACCUGGCUGGCUCAGAGCGCAUCUUAAGGACAGGGAACACUGGAGAGAGACUGAAAGAGAGCAUCCAGAUUAACAGUGGUCUUCUGGCAUUGGGAAAUGUUAUAGGGGCACUGGGUGACCCCAAGAGGAAAGGCUCUCAUAUACCAUAUAGAGAUUCUAAAAUCACAAGGAUCCUAAAAGACUCUUUAGGAGGAAAUUCGAAAACGCUGAUGAUUGCCUGCAUCAGCCCGUCUUCCUCAGACUUUGAUGAGAGUCUAAAUACACUAAACUAUGCCACACGGGCCCGAAACAUUCAGAACCGGGCUACAGUCAACUGCAAGCGAGAGCCAGACAGGGUGGAAGGGCUGGAGCAACAAAUCAAGGCCCUUCGCAGAGCCCUAGAAAACCGGCAGCGUUCAGAGACUCGCAUUAUUGCUCACGCUGAUCCAAACAGGAGACCUCGACUCGGCGAGGGAGAAAUCAGCAGACUGCAAGCUCAGAGUGCCCACUACAGGACUUGCACAGAUACUGCAUACAGGUUGCUGCGGGAGCUGCAGGGUGAAGGGGCACUGACUGCGGAGCAGAGCCUAAGAGUCAAGGAGUGGCUGUGCUCAGUGGAGGAGGAACGAAGCGGAUUGACCACUGCUUCUGGACCAGACAGCGGUAUCGAAAACAUCUCCACUGAGGACAGUGUUGCAUUAAGGAGGGGAAGGCCUUCUGCUGUGGAUGAGAGGUGGAGCCAUGAACAUGAGAAAGAUGGAGAGAAAGAGGACAGUAUUGUCCAGCUUCAAGCCCAGAUCCAGCGGUUAGAGAGCGAGAACACAGACUUCUUAGCAGCUCUGGAGGACGCCAUGGAGCAAUACAAACAGCAGAGUGACAAGCUGCAGGAGCAACAGGACCUGAUAACAGAGCUUCAGUGUCUGCUGUCUACCCCAGGGCUGCUAGGCCUGGGCUUUAACUCAAGGCCACGGCCACACACCGCCCCUAUGAGCUCCAUGCAGUCCAGCCUGAAUGGAGGCUCACACAGACAGUUACAGGUCAGUACAGUGAACUAUCUUCUUAAUGCACCUUGUGGUGAUCAGGAUGCCGGCCUCUAUGAGGAUCAGAUGAUCCCUGGAGGAGCAGAAAUGGAAGACACAGAAGAAGAGGGCAGUCACUCCAACUUCAUCCGGGAUAGACGCAGGCUGGUGAAUUUGACCUGGACCAAGAGGGACAUGCUCUCAGCAGGACUAGCAGCUGGUGGGAGAGUGCUCAUGUCUCACCUGCUUGAGCCAGGCCAGCACCCCAAUUUAGCCAGAAAAGCAUCCAACUCCAGUGUUGGGGAUACAUCUGUGCGUGAAAGUAUGAAAGGUUUUGAAGGCGUUUCAGAGUGGGGUCUUCUUCAGGCACAGCAGAAGAUUCGAGAAUUGUCUGUCACCAUCCGCAUGAAAGAAGAACUCAUCAAGGAGCUGGUCAAAACAGGUAAGGAUGCUCAGGCCCUGAACAAACAGUACAGCCAUAAGAUCACAGCUCUGGAGAGUGAGGCUGUGCAGGCACGGCAGGAGCUGCAAGAGGCCCAACGACAGCUGCAGGAUCUGGAGCGGCAGGAGAGAGAGAUCAGUGCGACAGACAGGACCAGAGCUCAGGAAUGUCGCAGGAAGAUCGCUGCUGCUCAGAGCAAAGUUCAGGUUCUCAGUCAGCGUCAGAGGGAUACUGCUCGUUUAGCUAAUCUGCCCGCACAGAGUGAGCGUCGUGUGCUAGAGUUGGAGCGCAGUGUUUGGUCCAUGAGGCAGCAGCAGGAGCAGCUGCAAAAACGGCUGCGCCAGGAAAGUCAGCAGAAACGACGUCUGGAGACAGAGAUGCAAAGACGAACUCACAGAGUCAAGGAACUUGAGAUAAAGAAUGAGCAGCAGCAAAAGAUCCUGAAGAUCAAGACUGAGGAGAUCGCUGCCUUCCAGAGGCAGAGACGCAGUGGCAGCAACGGCUCUGUCAUCUCAUUAGAAGAGCAACAGAAGAUUGAGGAACAGAAACGCUGGCUGGAUGAGGAGAUGGAGCGUGUGCUGGAACAGAGGAGAGGCCUGGAAGGUCUGGAAGGAGAGCUCACUAAACGGGAGCAAAUCCUGGCCAAGAAAGAAGCCCUGCUACAGGAACGCAGUGGACUGGAGACGAAGAGGCUCCGCUCCAGUCAGGCCCUGAGUAAAGAUCUGGUGAUGCUAACAGGGCGUAUCGAGUCUCUUGAGCAAGAGCUGAGUGAGAGGAACGGUCUCCUUCGCAGCAGCAGUGCUCAGGACUCUCAACAGAUUCGCCAAGAAAUCUCCAACCUGCGUCAAGAGAAAGAUUCACUGCUUAAACAGAGAGUGGAGCUGGAUGAUAAGCUGCGGCAGGGAAAUCUGCUCUUGCCUGAGGAGGAGCGAACCCUUUUCCAGCUGGACGAGGCAAUCGAGGCUCUGGAUGCAGCUAUUGAGUACAAGAAUGAGGCCAUCACUCAGAGACAGAGGCAGCUCAGGGCUUCUGCCAGCAUGCUCUCCCAGUGGGAGAUGAAUCUGAUGGCCAAACUCAGCUACCUGUCUGCCUCUGAGACCAGAGCUCUGCUGUGCAAGUACUUCGACAAGGUGGUGUCUCUGCGUGAAGAAGAGCGUAAGCUACAACUUGCCCUCGCCGAGCUGGAAAUGCAACUAGAUGAGCAGCAGAGGCUGGUGCAGUGGCUGGAGAACGCUCUUGAUCGAACACAACUCGACACGGAUCGCAGGCUCACACAACAGCAGAGGGAACAUGAAAGGAGUGUGCAGCUCUUACUGCAGCAGUGCCGUGAGCAAAUAGAUGAGGGCCUAGCAGGAAGGCUGCGGCAAUACGAGGGAUGGAUUCAUAACCUCAGCAAGGAGCUUAACCACUACAAGGCGGCAAAUCUGGAACUAAGCAACAAAUUGAGAGAGUUCAGUUCAGUCACCCAGCCAAAGGAGUAUGCUAAAGCCAUGCUGUCUGAUGGUAAACCAGCAGGCAUCGGCAGUGUGGAGAGGCUGAGCCGCUGUUCUGAGGACAGCCAAGGAGGCAGAGGAGCGGCGCAUCCUGACAAACCUCUGAGGUCCAGGGAGGAGAUGCGAGAGCUGGUGAACACUCCUCUCCCAUCCACUUGGCGACGCUCUUCUCUCCCCACAGAGGAGCCUGCUGUCAUGGAUGAGCUCUGGCUCGGAGCGCCUGGGGAUGUUCCCGUUAAUCGUGUCAUUCAGACAGGGAUGGGGUCCUUUGGUGGGCAGACAUCCCUGCCUGUAGUUAAAUCUCGCAGAGAGUCCCGCCGCUCCAGCCUCAGCAUCGGAACAAUGAUUUCAAACAAUGCAUUAAUUGACGUGCGGAAGAAUCCUGUCUGAAAAUAUAUCUAGGUAGUGUUUGAUACUGAAAAGCUUUCACAUAGUUUUUCUCUGUGGUUUCAAAAAUAUCUUUGUUGUGUAAUCCAUUUUUAGUUUUUGUUUUUCACUUUUUGUACUUGUAUAUAAAGUUGUAUAUAAAGUUUUUUGUAAUGAACACAGACACCCACUGAUUUUUAUACAAAGUAACGUCACUAAAGUAAAGCUUUUUUCCAUUUCAUACAGUAAUAAAUAUAGAAGGUAAAUGGUCUUACCAAACUUGAAAGUUAAUAAGACAUGAAUCAUUAUUACAAAAUGAGGUUCUUGCUCUCUAAUCAUGUAGUCUUUUGACCUUCUGCAAUAUUUUAUAUUAAAA